UUCCAUAAGGAAAUAUAAUGCAACAUUAUUGUUAUUUUCAGCACACCGCGGCCCCGCAAAGCGACAGAAGUGUCCAGGGACAGUGCAUUCCCAAUGUGAUGUACCAACUGAUGUCAGUGUCAGCUUCACAGAAGUAACUCAAUCCAAGGUACUUCGCAAGGAGCUUCUUGACCUGCUGGAGGUUGGUGUAGAGGAUACACCUGAGACAACAGACAAAGACCCAACAGAAUGGAACAUUAGGAACACUCUGUCCGCAGAGAAAUGGAAAGAGGCCAGGCCAUCUCUCAUUGAUAGUAUGCUGGCCAAUGAGGACCCUCACCCACAGUCUGGAUGCCAGUGUGGGAAACCAGCUGUGGUGAGGUGUAUGGACUGCCUGCCUCUCCCAUUACUUUGUUUAGACUGUGAUUUAAUUGUGCACUCUCGGUUUGUCUUGCACAACCGAGAACAAUUAAAUGGAGAGUUUUUGCAGCCUGUUCUUCAUCAGCAAACAGCAUGGAUGGUGCCUAUUCAAAGGCCAGAUCGUGUGUGCCACUGCUCAGGCAGCAUCCAUGUGUCACCUGGAAGGGUCGUGGCAGUCAUAACUAUGAAUGGCCGCUACAACCUAUCAAUGCCAGUGGUGAGUUGCACCAGCUGUUGUGUCACAUGGUCCAUCUCCAUCAAGGACAUCCAGCGUGAUGGAUACUGGCCAGGCAGUGGUACCACAAACUUCUGCACGCUAUAUGCCACUGAUAUCUUUCAGUCAUUUUAUGACUUGAAGAUGGCAGCACCAGGGGUCUCUCUGAAGGCAUACUUAAGAAUGCUUGAUGCAAGGACUGUGCGCUUUGGAAGAACUGGCAAGAUAUCACCAGACACAUUUUAUAAAAGCUUCUUGGAAUGGGUAGCCGUAAAAUAUGAAGUACAAAAGCUGUGUACACCGCAGUUCUUCAAUUGCCCCGCCUGCAGUCCAGAGAUGCUUGCAGUAUCAGUGGAUGGUAAUCGCAAGCUUUAUAGAUUCAAAUCAAAUUCAAGCACUCAAGAGCCAGGACAUUUUGAUGAUGUUUUUAUUCAAAAUGAUGAGGAGGUAGCCAAGUUUGUUGAAUACAUCCACACACAAACAAAACAUGCCUCUGGAAAGGGCUCAUGUGGUUCUUCUACAUGGACAGCAGCUAAGGAGUCCUCCAGAAAAAACUCUGGAAAAUUGGAUGAGGAGGGACUGGAAAUAGCUGUCUGCCGCCAUGGGGUCCUCCUUGGGGCACUGAACAUGUUUAGAGGAGAGAUUUUUGCUUACCCUCUCUUCCUCCAGAGGAAGUUAGCAGAAAGUGCCCCAGGAACAAUCUCAUUCCUGUGUUCAGAUGUAGCCUGUAAAUUUUUUCCUUAUUUGGCUAAAGUGGUUCAACAGUGUCCUGAGCACAGGAAUCUGCUGUCCAUGCGCCCCUUUCUUUCAGUUAUGCAUGCGAAGGCACACUCUGGGAAAUGCGAGAUCAAAUGGGGAGGUGCGUUCCAGGAAGGUGCGGGUUCAACUAUCGGAGAAGAGGUUGAACAGGUAAACAGUUUCCUGUCUAGGGCAGCCAUCACCACAAAGUACAUGUCUAAAGCAGGACGAAAAGACAUGCUUACCCUCUUGGCUUUAGGGUGGAAUGAAAGGAAGUUGGAAAACCUGAGUCGCACUUUAAGCCAGAGAUACUUAAAGACUGUAAGGAUACUCAAAGAAGAUCUGGACAGCCUGAAUGCUGCAAAAAAGGAGCUUGGCAUUGAUGAUGACACAGUGCAGCUGUGGGUGGCUGAUGUGCAGAAGUGGGCAGAGGAAACUGAUCAAAGUGAUGGUAGCCUUGGUGCACUACAGGCACGGAUAGAGGAGCUGGCUGUCCUCGUCAAAGUACGCAGCCUAAACCUUUACAAACAAACAGAUAGCAACAAGAGGCGACAUAAGAUACGAAGAGUCAUUUUAAAAGACAAAAAACGCCUGGCAGCAGCUAUUGCUGAGUACAAUCAUCUGGCUGAACCGUCUGGACAAAUUGUGUCCACUGAUGGCAUUAUCCAGACUGACACGUGGCCUUGGCGAAGUGAAAACCUCCACACCAAAAGGAUGGUAUUUGAUAAGUUUAUGGCUGUGCAACGCCUGAAGGAGGAAGAAGUAAUCCUCUGUAAGGAAAUGCUGCAACACUGGAUAGCACUAAAGACACAAUACUUGACACUGGGAGCCCUUUCUUCAAACUCCUCUCUUGUUGGCCUCUCUGAGGAUGCCCAAAAAGGACUGCAGUGUCUGGUUCAUAAGAGGCUCAGCAAACUGAAAGCAGAAAUGCGUUUAGUCAAGGGCCAUUACAACACUAUCCUGAAUGAUAACUCACACCUGGAGAUGGAGUUGGAAGAAGAAGACAUAGAACUUGAUACUAUAUACUCUGAUUUCAGCUCUUCUGAUGAGGACUCUGACUGAAUGUCAUCUGCCAUCAAACAUGCUUCAAUUACUGUUGUCGUUGUGGUUGUUGACGUGUUGAUGGUUGUGGUUGCUGUGGUUGAGUAUGUUGUAUGAUGGUUGUGCCCUUGGGGUUUUGUUGUGUACAAAGUUUAACAGGGUUUCUAUGGCUUUGGAUCAAAUUGUCAUUAAGCAAUAAUCAAUGUGUGUUAAUGUGUUAAAUAAUUAAGAUGUCAAACUUCACACAUAGCUAAAUCCUCAUCUGUCUAUAAAAGAUUG